UCAUUCAUUUUUUUGUCUUUAGGACGCUGUCCGAUUGCGUAAGGUUUCCAGCUGCUUAUCCUCCCAUCUGCUUACAUUUGCUUAACGCAUUUUGUUCGUUAUUAUUUAUUGAUGAUUUUAAUAUGAAAUAACGCGUGCGUGCGGUGUGCAGGAAGGUGUCACAUUUGUUGAAUGGAUCCUACAGACUCCUGAUGUUCACCUAUAUGAAAUACUACAGUGUCCUCUAAAUCCUUGGGGAUUAAGGAGCCUGAACACCCAGAGAUUACCAAAAUGUUGGCCCGUAAAGGCCCCCUCCCUGACGGAUUCCUGUUGACACGACUCGCUGAGGAUGCUGCGCAGCCCAGCCGUGUCCGACCGAAGUCACAGCGGGCGCGUUUUAUUACCAAGAGUGGGUCGUGUAACGUUGCCCACAAAAAUAUACGAGAACAGGGCCGAUUUCUUCAGGAUGUUUUCACGACUAUGGUGGACCUGAAAUGGCAACAUUCCCUCCUUAUCUUCACUUCCGCAUUCCUCUGCUCCUGGAUGCUCUUCGCCAUGGUGUGGUGGCUCCUGGCAUUCGCUCACGGCGACCUGGAACCUCGAGAUCCGAAUGAACCCGGACCCGUGCCCUGUGUUACCUCCAUCCACUCCUUCACUUCGGCUUUUCUCUUCUCUAUCGAAGUGCAGGUGACUAUUGGUUUUGGGGGACGAAUGGUGACUGAGGAAUGCCCGCUAGCCAUCAUCGUCCUCAUCAUCCAGAACAUUUUGGGUCUGAUCAUCAAUGCUAUCAUGCUUGGCUGUGUGUUUAUGAAGACCGCUCAAGCCAACAGGCGAGCAGAGACCCUCAUCUUCUCCCGUAACGCGGUUAUCGCCCCACGCAACGGCAGGCCUACGUUGAUGUUUCGUGUCGGGGACCUGAGGAAAAGCAUGAUCAUCUCAGCCACCAUACAGCUGCAGGUAAUUCGACGGACGGUGACGGCAGAAGGUGAAGUGAUUCCUGUCUGUCAGCUGGACAUUCAAGUGGAGAACCCUCUCAGAAGCAACGGCAUAUUCCUCGUCUCUCCGCUUAUUAUCAGUCACACCAUUGAUAGAGGAAGUCCUCUAUACGAACUCUCGGCACAAUCACUGGCAACUGAUGAUCUUGAGAUCAUUGUCAUUUUGGAAGGUGUCGUUGAGACCACCGGUAUCAGCAUGCAGGCACGCACAUCCUACACACCCGAGGAGAUCUUGUGGGGUCGACGUUUUGUCUCUAUUAUGACCGAGGAGGACGGGCGGUACUCUGUAGACUACUCUAAAUUCGGGAAUACCGUCCCCGUCCGGAUGCCGUCUCUCAGCGCCAAAGAGCUGGACCAGACCAGGGGCAUCCAGGACAGCGGACCCCACGAGGGAAAACCACAGGGCUGGGGGUUGGUGAGGGCAGGGCGAGGCGGGUACAGGAGGGCCGGCGGCAGAGCCUGCGACGAGGCGGCAGCUAAGCCGUGGUACGUGACCACUAAGAAAGUGGUGGAAAAGGAGAGAAAGGGACAAAAGAAAACAGUCAAACUUGAAGAGAUUGGCAGAGAGAUAGAAGAAGAAACGGUGGAGGAUAUGAGCGAUUAGAAAAACAUUUUUGGGUAGGUUUGAAACCUUAAAUAGAAAUGACUAGCAACUAGUUCACAUUUUAUACUACAUGUGUUUUGUAAUCUGUCAAAACAUGGGCAACUACUGUAAUAUUUAUGACAAUUCAAACUAUGCUGAUUUUGUCUUGUUCUGUCAGAAUCACCCAAAUGUGAAUCUGUCAGUAUUUAAUCACCCUAAAGUAUGUUUACUUUUUUUGUGUGGAUAAAUGAUUUACACUUAAUGUGGACCGAAGCUGUCGUAAUUCAGAAAGCACAAUUAAAAGUACAAAUGUGAUUUGUACUAUGGAAGGUAUUUUUGGUAUUUUUUAUAUUAAUUAAUUAAAUGAUAAAAUAAAAAAUUGUAUUAUUUUAUUUUCAACGUGAUGAAGCAUCAUUCCAGAUAAAUUGUAAAAUUAAAUUAAAUUGAUGAUUUGACAUUUAAUUUUCCAUACUGUACAACUAAUUUUUGCUCUUAUUAAAAGUCUACGGGUGAGUAAAUUAUGACAGAUAUAUUUUCAUUUUUGGGUGAACUCUUCCUUUAAUGAAUUUCAGGGUUCAAACACCAAAAGUGGCCGCACUCAUACUUUAGGGUAUCUUGGCAGUGCUUGUUAAAUCAAUGCUGUCCAUGUCGAAGCAAAUAUGAGGCAGCUUUAUUUGCGUGUUGGGUUUUUAAUACCAUAAACCUAUUCAAUUUCUGUUCCCCAUUUAUUUUGAGAUGUGAUAAUCCUUAUUGUUUUUAAUGUGGCUAUUGUAACUGUGUUGACAUUGUGUGUGUUUACAUUGUGGGCUUGUGCAAUUGUGUGACCUCUACCUCUCAUGUUUCCUGAUUUUGUUCUCUCUUGGUGAACUUCUUUCAACUAUUUAAAGAUAAUUAGACAUUCCAUACUGCUUACAUAUUAGUGAG